AUGGCAUUGCCCUGUUCCGUCCUCGUCUAUGAAGAAGAAAUCUCUCAAUUGAAGGAGAAGCUCCGAAGGCAGGACAGCGAGCUCAAAGAUCUGCAUGCUAUGAUAUGGGGGGAGUCGCAAGAUGGACGCGCGACAUGGGUCCCAGAGGAGCAGCAGGAGCACGAGUUUGCGUCGGAGCGCGAGGUCAAGGAUGGAGAUGGAGGGUUGUCUGCAGUUGAGGAGAGGGCAGGCCAUCAUCUCGACGAGACUGUAUCAGUGAGCUCUAGGCACGGCAGCCCCGACAAGAAACAGGCCUCACCAGCCGACCAAGUGAACAUGUCUGACCUGUCGCAGAAAGAGACUCCCUUGCUGUACCAUGAUGAGCCCAACAAGGUGCAGCAGGACUGGAUGAUCAACUUCAACAUGGUCUCUUCUCCUCCCCGCCCCCUUCGCGAUGAUACGAUGCAGCGAGAAGCUGAGGAGAUAGAGUCCUCCAUCCGCCACUUGGAAGGGACUCUUUCUGUUGUCUCUCGACUUCACUUUCAUGCGGGAGAGGCUGUCCACAGGCUUGCGACGCGAACGGCGAUGGUUCAUGAUGAGAUGCAGAGACAGAUCAGAGAAGUGCUGCGAUGUCUGGGGAAGGUAGAGGGUGUGAUGGGCGACGUGAUGGAGGAGAUCGAGAGAGCUCACGAGGCUUCCAUGGUCGAUGUUUCAGUCCAGACAGAGCCUGAGGCACAGCAAGCGUUCCAAGAGUCGGUAGAGACUCAACACAAGUUCCACCUUGUAGACCGAAACAACCUCCUGAGUCAAAGUGACAACACAGAGGGGGACGAUGAAGAAACAAAGCUGGAAGGCAAGGCUGAAAGUGAGCAGCGGAUUGCCUCUACGAUUGGAACGCUGCCGACCCGCAACUCCUUUACUUCCUCCGUGAUCCUUUGCUUGCUGAGCUCGAUCCUCUUGUGUAGCGUGUGCUUGUCUUCGCUCAUGCAGAUCAGCGAAGUCUCGUCUCCUUCCUCUGGUCUUGCGUUGCAAGUCUCUUGUCCUUCAGACGACAUCAUGUUCAAGGAGAUGUUCGCCAGCGACCGAUACGUCCUCGUCGAAGAAGCGUACUAUGACAGGUAA